AGCGACUCAGCUCAAUAGUAUGAUUUGAUAUUCUUUACGUGUACGCGGUACACAUUGCGUAAUUAGAUAAAUGGUGAUGUUGUUGUUUAUUAUUAAGUGGAAGUGGACGAAAAUUUAAUUAAACUACAUAUAAUUAAAAUAAUUUGUUGUGUUAUCUUAGAUUUAUACAAGCCGCCACUGGAUUAACAUAUUAUAUAAUAAACCUUUUCCUGAUUUUUGCCAUUCUGUGUUACAAUUUUAAAACAAGACCAUGGUUUGGUGUUAUUCAUUUAUUUGUUUUAUACCUUUACUUAUAGUAGUUAUUGUCGAAAGUAAGGAAUUACCAUGUAAAUUUGAAUUAACUACUAAAUUAUCUAACGACACCGAUUGGGAUAAAAACAUUAACGCGUACAAAAAAAACAACAUAACCUACAACAGUGGUGAUUACUUUUCAUUUUUUGAUCAAGGACUUACAGAAGUGCACGGUUGUACGUGUAAAUUAAGUACUUGCUUACGGAAAUGUUGCCCACCGAAUAAACACUUUACGUUAGACCAAAUUUGUGUAAAAAGAAAACAAGCAUUUAAAAGUUUUGAACAAAAGCCAAAAUAUUUAGAUUAUAAAAUCGUAUAUAGUAAUAUUAAAUGUGGCCAUAGUGAUUUUACAGACGAAUUUGACGUUUUAAAAAAUGGAUCUAUUUAUUUAACAGAAACAAAAACGAAACUCUCGCAAAGUGAAUAUUGCAUUGAAGACCUAUUACAACAUCAUUGGAAUGGUCCUGACUCCCUUGAACAGAUAGUAAUGUUUUGCGGCCCCGAAUCUGAAUCUAUAACCAGUGGUCAAAAAUUUGAGAAGAGAUACUAUACCUUAAUUAUAUUAACUAAUAUUUUAUGUUUUGUCUUAAAUAUUUUGUAAUAUAUUUAGGUUCAA